GUCGCGCACGCCAGCGCCGCCCUUUGUGCCUGGCGCUGCUGCUGCUGCUGCUGCCCGGCGCGCAGACGUCGCUGCCCAAUACGCGGCGACUGCCCUGUUCGGCGCGCCUGCGCAGUGCGCACCACCUCAGCUGGCAGCACGCACCCGCAUCUCAGCAACACGCAACAGCAGCAGCCAUCCGGCCCCGCCCGUCGUCGCCACUGCAUCGUCAUCCUGCGACUCCACCGCAGAAGCAUUCUGGAAGUGGCAAACGGGCGCCCUGAGACAGCGACAUGCCCGUUCACCACCUCACUGGCUCGCGCUGCAGAUCGCGCCUGCUCCAACGCUGCAGGCAGACGUCGGCCCGCUUGCGGAUUUGCACAGCGUGUAGAUCGCGGGCGUGGAUCUCGCGUCGCGUGUCAUUGCAGGAUGCGCUCCUUGCUUGCACGCCGCCUCGCCCUUGCCUCAGGCAUGCGUCUCCUUAUCACCGUGUCACCACGUCGAGCUUGCAGAACCGUGCGAGCUGAUGACAUGAUUGUGUUCUGAAAGCCGCCGUGCUUUUUCUUACGUGUGCGUUAAUGCUAGAAGGGCAGGUGCAGGCCGCCCAUCCACGUCUUCGG